GUGUGCGCCGGCCGCCAAAAGAAACCGGCUCCCCCCCGACUCGCUCGUUCGCGCAUCGCCUUCGCUACGAGGCUCUUCUGUGGCGUUUCGCCGGUUCCUGUCGUGAUUAUUUGAUGUUCAAGGGAUUUAUUCAUUUGUGAGAAGUGAAAGUAGUAAUUGAAACGUAACAUCACUGACAAUAUUUCAGAGUAUAGGUUCGCCAUGGCAGGGAAACAAAAACAAACUGCACGGAGAUCGAGGAGCAACAUCAAUAAUUCCCAGUCUGCGGGAACCUCCCGGCUCUCCUGCCGUAGCCUGGCCGUGCAUGCCGUCGGAGCGGUGGCCGUAGCGGUGGCCGUGGCUCUCCUCUGCCCCUCUCUCUGGGAGCCGGCCGGUGACCGGGCCGGCCCUGCGGCCGUCACCCAACAGGACCCGGCUGCCGGUGACCUCGGCCGUCCCGUGGCGCUGACUGCUGAGGAGCGACGGCUAGCUGAUCAGCUGUACAAGCAGGAAGGCUUCAAUGUUGUGGCCAGUGAUAAGGUGCCGUUCGUGCGCCGACUGCCCGAUGUGCGGCCGCAGCUGUGUCGCGGUCGGACAUACGACACGGACCUGCCUGCUGCCAGUAUCAUCAUCAACUUCCACAACGAGGUGUGGUCGGCACUGCUGCGAUCGGUCCACUCGGUGCUGGCCCGCACUCCGGCCCACCUGCUGUACGAGAUUCUGCUCAUCGAUGACGCGAGCACCAAGCCGGAGCUUGGCGAGCCGCUGGAGCGGUACGUCUCUGACCACCUGCCGUCCAAGGUGACGCUACACCGACUGAAGGAGCGACAUGGCCUGAUCAGAGGCCGACACUGGGGUGCCCAGCAGGCGUCCGGACCCGUGCUCAUCUUCCUAGACUCGCACGUGGAGCCCUGUGAUACCUGGAUCGAGCCUCUGCUGCAGCGGAUCAAAGACGAGCCUCACGCCCUGGUCUGCCCCGUGAUCGACAACAUCAGGGACACGGACCUGGCUUACCAGCCGGCCGAGCGAGUGGCCGGCGGGUUCACCUGGUCCGGACACUUUGCCUGGAUCGAGGCCGGCGGAGCCGACGGAAAACUGCCCAGCGACGAGGCGGCUCCCGUCAGGUCUCCCGUGAUGUCUGGAGGUCUCUACGCCAUUAGCAGGGAAUAUUUCUGGCACCUGGGAGGCUACGACACUGGAAUGGACGUCUACGGCGGAGAAAACCUCGAACUCUCGUUCAGGACGUGGCAGUGCGGCGGCGUGGUGGAGACUCUGCCCUGCUCCCGGGUCGGCCACAUAUUCCGCGACUUCCAUCCGUACUCGUUCCCGUUCAGCGGUAACCCUCUGGCGGCCAACAUGGCCCGUAUCGCCGCGGUUUGGAUGGACGAGUAUAGCCGCUACUUCUACCUGCACUACCGACAUACAGAGAUGCCCGAGGCCGGUGACGUCACGGCCCGUCGGGAGCUCCGGGAGCAGCUGCAGUGUCACUCCUUCCGCUGGUACCUGGAUAACGUCUACCCCAACAAGAUGCGGCUGGAUGAGGACGUACUGGCGAGCGGCCAGGUGCGCUCGGCCCUGCGGCCGGACCUCUGUAUCGACACGCUGGUGAUCGACCGACAGAUCUUCCUCGGGCUGAACUCGUGCACCCAGCCGGUCGUCUCGGGACAGUACCUGACUCUCAGUAAGCGGGGCGAGCUGCGUCGCGAGGACAACUGCGCCUAUGCCGGCGGCGCCGGGCCCCACGCCGGCACCGUGAUGGCUCCGAUGGCCCCGUGUACGAUCAAAGGGUCGGAGCAGCAGCAGUGGAUCUACGACGGGCAGACUGCUCAUCUGCGCCACAUGGCCACCGGCCUGUGUCUGAACAGCUCCGGGGUGGAGGCCAUGCACCUUCUCUACCUGGCCACCUGUACGGCCGACGUCGGACAGCGGUUCACCUUUGAGAACGGACAGCUGUAGACGAGCGGUGUGCCGCCGGACGGACCAGUAGCUACAGAGGUGGGAACGACAUGGAUGGAGGUAGUCCGUGGUCUGUCCGUGAGACGUGUGGUCUUUGGUCCUUGUGGGUCCUUGUGGUCAGAGGUCCGCGUAGAUCCCAGGUCCAUGGGUUCCUUUCUCCAUGGUCCUUGGACCAAGCGGUUAAUUACCAGGGUACUCCCGGGUCUGUUUGGUCCAGGUCCAUGUUGUCCUUGGCUCAUGCGAUCGUUGAUCCGUGUGGUCUAGCUAGAUCCAUGCGACCAGCGGCUAACGUGGCCCAUGGUUCUCGUGAGUCCUUGGGCCCAAUGCCCCCACCCGUUGAUGAAUGUGGACCGCAGUGCCUUCCCCGCUCCUACGGAGUAUUCAGCUCCCAUGGGAUGCACUCUAAAUCAAAACGCAACCAGUCAAACGGUGGCAUAUCUUUAGGGAGCUGUGCCGAUGAGUAGAUGCGGAUUUUACUAGCUUGAUAACGCUCAUUCCAGCGCAUUUAUUUAUUUAUAUCGGUUCCAAAUGGCAAUACUUCAGACUGCUACGCCUUGAGAAGAGUUGUUGUUUCGUUUUACUCAGUUGGCAGUCAAAUACGGUACAGAAGGCCGUCUUUUGUAUCUGUGCGCACUAUAUAUUGUAUUUACAUUUAAGAGCGAUCCACAUACAAAGUGCGUGGCGAUUACUGCUCAUAUAGGAAGAAGAAUAUUUGGUUUCGUCAAGUUGUUGACGACUUUGUUCCUUACGCUUGCGAAACAGCUUCUGGGUAAGCGAUGUGACCUUUAAUCUCAUUGGCAAAGAUCUGAAGCUUUCUUUUUUCGCACACUGCAAAUAAGUCACAAAAAUGUGGGCUUGUACUUUGUUCAUACGAGAUUCCCUUUUGUUACAAGCUUUAUUUAUCAGCAGUGGUAUAUCUAGGCUUUGUUUGAGAUGGGUACAAUGAGUCACCGCUCAAUCAGAAAACAUGCUCGAUGUUUUCUUACCAAACGCAAGUGCCUUACCUUGGCGUGUUACCGAAUUCCUAUUCCUGAAAGGGACGCAAUAUGUGAGUCAUAUCACAGAUCAGCAAGCCUUGCUUUGAGUGUUUAACAGGCCCACAGUUUGCAUUUAGAAACACUAUGGCUAGUUCUAAACAAGUGUGAGUGUGAAGUGUCCUUGUUGUGCCCUUGCCGUCUAGCUCACUUUCUGGGAUCAAGAGCUGCCGUUUCCAAUGGCUGCUGCCGUUUCCAAUGGCUGUGUUGGAGCAGAUAUCCUGGGAAUUGAUAUCGCAUUUCCAUGAUGAAAAACACGCUGUGCGCCGCAUCUAUCCACCGUCAAACGGUCAGAUGUAAGAUCAGAUCGCGCACACUAGACUGUGUUGUGGUGUUUGUUUUCCUCAAUGGGUGCUGUGCUAUCUGUUUGUGGUGGGGGUGCUGAAUUAAUAACUCACUUUUUACUGCCCAAGCAAAUAAUUUGCAUUUGAACGGACAGAAACCACAGUAAAUCAAUAUUCAUACGGAUAGCUUCUACUGGCGUCGUUGUUGUGGUUUGCGAUUAUCUUCAUGUGUGUGCGUUUGUAUUUUCCUGGCGUAGUGCCCAGUUUGGAUGUGAUAUAUUCAAGCUGCGACCUCCACUGCCUCUGCUGAGGGCCGUGGUGCCUUGGCGUUAUCCCCUGCCGCGAUAUAUCUGUGUUAGUAAAUUAUUAUUUAUUGCUAGACGCAUUUGUGUGAGACUAUGCGUGCCCAAACAGGGUUUUCGGCGGAUUCGCCGGGCGGCUAGCCAGCCGUGAUCAUACUUUGGGAGAGUGUGGGUCGUUUUGGUGAGGACCAGGGCAAAAAGAAUUUUGUCCUGGCUUAAGGUGGUAGAUGGUACCUUUUUUGUUACUUUGUGGUCUACUGUGAUUGCAUUUGGAUUUGUUUUGUAACUAUCAUGUCAAUAAACGCGCAUCAGCGUA